UCUGAUUCUAUCACUUGACUCGAGAUUUGUCAUCUCACAGGUGGCAGGACGGUCCGCGGUCAAUGACUGUCAUGAUGCCCCGAUCGAUUGCACAUAUCUUCAAAACCUCAAGAGAGCGUGGCCCGCUCAACACUGAAUGCCUGUCAUGAUGAGAAUCGCCAUAGCCGGUACCAACGGGCUUGCACAGUACAUCGCCAACUAUAUCGAUAAUACAACGUCACAUCAAUUUGUCGUAUUGUCACGAAGUCCCGCGCCUGCCCUGGUCGGUAGAGGCUGGCAGGUCAUCCAAGUCGAUUACGCCAAGUCUAACUCAACAGACCUUCGAUUCAACCUCACUGGUGUUGACAUUGUCAUUUCCACUAUCAGCGGCCAAGCGCAGAUGGUCUUGAUCGAAGCCGCCGCAGCGACUCAUGUUCGCCGCUUCGUGCCAUCUGAGUUUGGGGGUCCUCCAGCCUUACGUCCUCGAAAUGACUUGUUGGACAAUCAUCGGCGUGCGGCACUGGGACGGCUACAUCAAUUAGAAGCUUCAGGCAUGCGGUUUACCAUCUUCACCUGCGGCAUCCUGUACGAGAGAUUUGCACCGGGAGGACUGUCAGCCUCUCAAAUCGCCACAGGGAGCGUGACUGCACAAGAAGGAAGUUACCUGAUGGACUUUAGACACAGAACGGCACAAAUUCCUGUCCACGGUCCUUCGGGCAACAUCCCACGAAUCUGUAUGACGUCCGCGAGGGAUGUAGCCAGGUUCGUGACUGCUGCUCUCGACUUACCAACUUGGCCGAGGGAGUUUAGAAUGAGAGGCGAUCGUAUGACUGUUAGGGAUGUCGUUGCCAUUGCGGAGCAGGUCCAUGGCAGUCCAUUCGAAAUCUCGAACCACACGCGAGCCUCUUUGCAAGACUCGUUGACAUAUGCCCGAGCAACUGGAGAUCGAGCCCGAGAAGAGCAUGUUCAUGAUCUCUUAGCCACAUCUGAGGGACGAUUCGACUUUACCAACACCACUCUCAACCAACUGGUCUCCAUUCAACCCGAGGGAUUCCGAGACUGGCUCUUGCGGGUGUGGUCUUCAGCGAUAUGAG